GUCUCUGUUAUCUUUAAAUAAUAUUUCACGUAAAAAUGGCGAAAGUACUGGAACUGCGAAAAGUUUGUCAGAUCUAUCUGUUAAUCCGGCGAUGUUUGACCGUUAUAAACGAUCCUUUCGAGCUUUACGGUUUGCUUUAGAAAAAGCAGACAUACGUUGUCCACCUAAUGCUAUGAAAGAAAUAAUAAAAUAUCACAGUUCAUCACUAAAAGUGUGCUUGGAUUGUUUUGAUAAUACGAAUGUUAAAAAUGAUGGUACUUUACAAGGUUUAGCUAGUGAAGCCCUUCAGUUGGACGUGCGAGCAACACACUUUUUGAUGAAGAGUUUCGAAUCAGAAUAUGAUGAUUAUAACAAGUUUAAUGAUGAAGGAUAUUUAUCAAAAUUAAUAGAAUUUUAUUAUGAAGAACGUCUUAAUUUAAUUAAGAUUUUGAGUAUAUUAUUUUACUAUUAUGAAGAUACAAAUUGGUAUUAUUAUGAUUCAGCAGAAGAUUUUAUAAGUAAUCUUGAUUUAGAUGAAUUUAUAGAUCGAAUAUUUGAUCAAUUUCAAGAUCUGGCUGAUAUUGGUGUACAAGCAUUUAUACCAGAAAGUAUGAAAGAUUUUAGUUUUUCAAGUCAAUAUAUUAAAGAACAAAUAGAAUUAUUAGAAUUAUUAUGCUUGAUAUAUAAAGGACAAAUUUCUGAACAAUCAACAAAAAAAUAUUUGACAAGAUUUUUGACUCAUUGUAUGCAAACAAAAUUUGGAUAUAAUCAAUUCCUUACGCUGCAUAUCGACUCGAAUGGACAUGACAUGUUAACUCAAGUCAAUCAUUUUACUCAAAUUCUUAUAGUUAUAAUGACUCUAGUUGAAUUCAAUUUCACAGAAAUUUUUCCAUCUGUUCAUGCAAAAAAUAAACGAGCAGCUUCAUCAAAUGAUGUUAGAAGAGUCACUGAGAUAGCAUUAAAUAUGGAUAAUGAUCCUUCUAAUGGAAUAUUUCUCUGGUUAUGGGCUUCAUAUUUAACUCAUAUACAGCAUUUUUACGAUGAAACAAAUUGGCCAAAUGAAUACGAAGAUCUAGAAAGUUACUUUAAUAGUAUGAUUUCAGCAAAUGCUGCAAAAGCUUACGAUUUGAAUGUUUUAGAUUCUAUUUAUAGUAUUUUUAUAGGUCCAUGUUUCAGACCAGAGGAAUUAAACGUAAAGGGAUACAAGAAAAUUUUUAAAACUUAUUUUAUUUCAAUAUUUGAAGCAUUUAAAAUACAAGAGAUUCCAAAACAUCAACUCCUAGUGGAUUGUUUUGCACAAAUAUUUGUUGAAGGUGGUCCAUGCAGUGAAUUCUUUAAGGAGGAUUCCUUUUAUGAAAAACGAAUUUCUUUAUUUGAUUGGGCGAUUUCUAGAUUUCCUCAAAAUUUUCACCCAUUAAUGGGAUUAUAUACUGCAUUAUCUGGUGACAGGGAUUCGGCAGAGGAAAUAUUUGUCUUAUUGGAAAAUUUUCGUCAGUGUUGUUAUUUGGUUAGAGAUGAACAACUUAAAUUUGAUAUAAGUAAUGAAAAUAUAGUUUAUGCUAAACAGUCAAUCAAGCUUUUUGAAAAUGUUUAUCAAGUUGCAUUUACCAUUCCAGAAAAUACAGCCGGUCACGUGAUUGAACAGAUCAAUGGAAAUAAAUUAGUUCAAUGGAAAAUUAAAUAUUCUGGAUGGCAACUUUUUUUGGAGAUGUUGGAAUCAUUCCCUUUAAUACAGGGAAGGAACCCUUUUGAUUAUGAUCCUACUUUAACCGAUGAUCCAACUACGUUUCGAAUCAAGGAAAUAUUGCAACUUUUAUACGCACUUUUAUCUAACUCUCCGGAUUUGAUUGAAAAAAUAUUGAACCAUUUGGAGACAUGCUUUCAAGAUAAUAAACCUCAUAAUGAUCUUGCAUUUACAAUCUUUGCAAUUAUCGAAUAUAUUAUGAAUAACGUUCCUGAUGCCCUCGAUUUCGUUACUGCAGGAUUACGAUGUGUGAAAGUAUUAUUACCGUAUUUUAAUAGUAGGAUCGUGUCAUAUCUUUUAAAAUCGGGAUUUUUACCAAAUUUAACUUCGAAUGAUUGGAUGGACGAUAAUUCACAAUUUGUAUGUAAAUUACAUCAUCUAUUGUUACAGCAAGAAUGUGUUGUAGGUCGUUAUCCAAUAACGAUAGCUGUUUUAGAUCUCGCUAUUGAAUUCUUUAGUCAUGUGGAUGAUUUCGAUUUGAAACAGGAUCAAGAUGACUUAAAGGACAUUCUUCUUUCUUUUACCUCUUAUAUCCUGAAUGUUAUUUUUGUAUCCUAUGAUCGUUGGAGGUACAAAGAUGAACUUGAGCAUAUUCAAAUUGGAAUUAAAUGUUUGAAUAUUUUCAAUAAAAUUUUGAUAGGCUGCCCUCUGGGAUCCGAACUUCCUAAUUAUUAUGAUCCUAUAAUUGAUAUAACAAAAGAUCCUUUACGAAACCCUCUUCAGGAAUACCUAUGGAAUCAUUUUAUGAUGAAUGAAGGUUUAUAUCAUAUUUCACCCUUAUUCUACAUUAUUAAAAAAAAUAAAGAUUUCUCUAUUAAUAAUGAAAGGACAAUCGACUCUCGGUUGGAAAAAUCCGACAUAUUGCUGGAAUUGGCUUUAGCAUUUCUUUUAAGAUUAUUUAGAAUUCAUAAGUUAAAAACUUCGGAAAUUUCUUGGCUAGAGUUAACAAUAUUAGACAGGACAAAUGUCAACUUUAAUAAAGAGUUGAUAAUUAUUAUUUCUUCAUACGUAUCAUAUCCGCAUAGAUUGGGAGUUUCUAUUUUAUCUUGCGAAUUGAUGACACUGCUCUUUUCAUGUUCUAAUACAUCUAUACUAUUUCAAUCAUCUUUAAGUGGGCUCUUUGGUAAUGAAACUGAAACAAUAAUUUUAUAUAAUAAGUUCAUAGAUCGAUUUGCGUCUGAAAUCAAUGUUAAGGAUUUACGAGUAGCUAUUUUGGAUUUCUUUACAGUUUCAACCAAGAUUCAUGUUGGAUUGUCAAUUUUUGGUGGGAUUGAUUUAAUUUCUAGGCAGUUAGACCGUAAAGGUAAAGGAAAAGAAACAGGUAAAAGAAAGAAAAUUAAACUUUCAGUUAAUAUUAUUGAUGUUAUCAUUGAUCUUUUGAGAGAUUGGAAAAAAGUUUAUGCUAAUGAAUCAAGAGUGCUUCUUGCUGCUGUACGAUUCCUAAGCACAUUAUGGGAAAAUGUUAGUAAAGGUGAAUUCAUAAUUUUAAAAAAAAUACGUGAAAAUAAUGAAUUAUGGGAUAGUAUAUCAGAAAUAUUACGUAUGAAAUUGUACGAUAAUGAAAACGAAUCAUUCGGAUUAUCUCAAGGAACUGUUGCUAGUAGAUCAACCGCUAACGUUGAAAAAAUUUGUUGUGGACAAAAUAUUAAAGGUUUCUUAUUCCGGUUGUUGGGUCGUGAACUUUGUCUUAUUGCAAACCAGAUGAGGAAUAAAGGAAACAAAAGUCGUAGCGAAUUUUUCAAAUCGUUACCUGCAGAGGGAAUAAGAGAAAUUCUCCAAGAGAUUCUCGAAGAAGAUAUGUUAGAAUUUUGUCUUGACAAGUUUACGAAUAUCGACCAAUCAUCCUUUGAAGAAUCUCAUAACGUGUCAAAAAUAAACGCUCAGGUGGUUCUUUUUAAAUCUUGGAAAUAUUUUAUAGAAAUCGCAUCUUAUAUACUAUCUGAUGGAUUUUGGAUCACCGAACAGAAAAACGAUAUAUCUCAGUUAAUACUAGGGAUGACCGCAGAACGACUUGUGGAAGAAAUUCGUCGUGGCCAUAAUGUUGAAAUUACUAUUCGUGACGAUCUUGCAGAUUUAUUAUUACAUUCAAUGGAACAACUUAUAAUUUCAAAAGAUCAAACUCGGGAUAGAAUAAUUCUUUAUGCUGAAUUAGUUACAUCAUUGUAUAAUGGUCUAACUAGUGUUAUUAAUCCGAUACAAAAUUUGGGUGAAAAUCAUUUUACAUUCAAAACUUAUCGGCCAAUUUUACAAUCAUUUAUAUUAUGUUUACGGGCGCUUCAUGAUUCUAAUAUUAUAUUAAAAAGUAAUGAUAAAGUAUUGGCACAAUUUCAAAAAAGUUGUCAAUCGCUCCUUUCAGAAUUAUGCGAAUUUUUAGUUUCAAUGACUAAAAAAGAUGGGAUUGAUGAAAAUCGGGAAGAAGACAUUUUAAUAGUAUUAACAGCACUAGAUUAUCUUGUACAACCAUUAUGUAAUCCAUAUCCUUCAAUAUGUUUAGGUAUACUUACUGAAAAAAAAAUUAUUAACUUACUUUUAGAAAUGUUUGUUUAUUCAAUGUCAGUACCAUGGAAAAAUAGACCUAAAUUUUCUGAUGGGGUAAUAUAUUUUCUACUGACAUUGGCGAAUUUUCCGAUUGGAGCGAUGCAAUUGUUUAGAGAUGGAGUCAUGGCGGCAUUUUGUAAUAAUAGACUAUCGUCAGAAUUACAAGAAGGGAAAGUUGAACCAAAUUUAGUAGAGAAUUGGCAUAAAAUUUGGUGCUUAAUGUUAGCGGUCAUUACUGCUAUGUUACGAACAGUUGAGAGAAAAGACUUGAGUGUUAUCUUGAGAUCCGUUGUUGGAUUUAUCAAUCUUUACAAAAAACAAAUUCAACGAGCAAUGGAAUGUGAAUUACCUACCAAUAUGUUCAAACUGGAGGAGAUACAAUACAUUACAAUAUUAUUUUAUCAUUUAUCAAUACAUUUAAAUACUCAAGAACUGGAUAUUGCAAGUGAAUGUUUAGUUUAUUAUGAAGAUCCUUUGCUAAUACUUUUGGCAAAACUUACUUAUCUUUUCACACAUCCAAAAUAUUCUUCAAGAGUGAUGAUACCUUUAAUAUCAGAGGAAACAAAACAAUCAGCAACCCUAUUAUCUGGAGGAAUUAAGUUAGCAUUUGAAAAUGUUUUACCGGAUAUCGAUUUAACAUCAUCAGACAGUGGAGGAUCUGAAAUGAAUAUAUUUUUACAAAGGGUACAACAAAAACUCUUAUCAAUUAACAGAAAUAUACUGGCUACCUAUAUUAUUCUGACUGAAUCGCAUAAUGUUUUUCAUAUGUCUAUACCGUCAUGGUCAGAUCAACUUGUUUAUUUUGAACCGUUGAUGAAAGUAUCAGAUAAAGAUCCAGCAACAAUUGCGACACUAUUUGAAUUAAUAGAUCACGGCAUGACUUUAAUUCAAUUGUGGGAAUACAUACUUGACACUAAUAUUAUUAAUAGUAUUAGUGAUUUGAAAUUCUGGCAAAUUACUUGGAAAUCGUCUAUUAUUAUAAUUGAGAUGAGUUUCGUAUUGGCAACUUCUCAAUUAACUACGUGCUUCUUUUCUGAAGAUAGAAACAAGGAAGAUGUAGAAGAUUUAUUUACUGAAGUAUUUGAAAGGUUAUUAAAGGUAACACGUGUAGUAAAAAAAUUAUUAGAUAUGGGUGUAAGUGAAAAAAAUGAAUUAAAGUCAUUUGAAGUAGUUUUACGGAACUUAACGAAUUUUCUUACUAAAACUAUAGGAAUGAAUUAGAAUAGCAGUUUUUAUAAUAUUAUAGUAAUUAAAUAUAUUCUUAUCUUUCAUUUAAUGAUCCUUCAUCGAUGUUGUAUAUUAAUACUUACUUAGUAAACGAAAUAA